AUGGAGUGUCGGAAGAAUUAUGGGUACGAGUACGGAGGGUGGGUUGGACCUUGCAGUGUAUCUGCUCGGUGGGAAGAGGACACUGCGCGUGCGGCAGGGGGAAACAGCCCCAUGCGCUCACAGCUUGGUACAAUGGUACACGGGGUGGGGGCAGAAAGGGGGGAUGCCACAGCCCGCGAGGUGCGGAGAGUGGGUUGCCAACAAGGGUUGGGGGCCACAGGAGGGCCAGCAUGA